AUGGAUGAUGGUGAGAUGGGAGGAUGGACAGACGAAAGGAUGAAUAAAGUGGCCUUGGUAAUUGCAGUGACUGCCUCGGUAUUCAUUCAAAGCAUCAUCAAAGCAGCAGCUGACAGAGACACAUGUUUUAUGGUGCGGUGUAUUGUGAUGUUUGGAUUAUGGUUUAGUACCUUGGAGAGGUUCCUUGAAGUCCAUGUUAUGCCCCGGCCGAAGCAGCUUUUAUGUGAGGUGAAGUUCGGAGUGGUAGUUGCAGACAAUACCCAGAUUGCCAGGACUGACCUCCCUCCCGAGACGUUCCCUUCUCAGUCGCUGUUUAAUGAUAUCGGGGCGUGCAACCUCCGAGCUUCCGGGAACACGGAGACUAAGGAGAUGGCUUACCGGUACAUUGACCACCAAGCCUAUGCCACAAGUUGCUCUUACAUGUACGACCGACCACAUGCGACGAUCAGCAGCCGAAGACAAAGAUUUCUGGAUCAUCUCGACUGA